AAGAAAAGAAAUUUCAGACAAUGAAGAUCGAUGAACUUUCUGCAAAAUGAAUGGUGCUCGUCCAGCUCGAAAAGUAUUGUUCGGAAGAAUUCGUCACAGAGGUGGAAAAUUAUUCGAAAUGAAGAAUGGGUAACGUAUUUUUCCAAUCUAAAAGUAGAAGAAAUUCGUCGAAUUGAAAUUACCGAUGCGUAAAACUAAAAUGAUCAAAUUCGUCGAGCAAUUUUCUGAUUAUAAAAUUGAAUUCUGGUACCUUUCAGCCUCUGUCUCGUAACGUGGUUGAAGAUCAUUCGAAGGAGUUUUUUCGAACCAUUUUGAAAAGUCGAUCAUACCCAAAACACACAGAUCCGUUCGAAAAAUGGUUCGUUGCGGUCGCUACACUGCGUUAAUUUCUCCAGCUUUCGAGCGAAUGUUUUCUGUUUUCAUUUUGUUGUAUUCGCCACCGCAGAAUUUCGCCUUCAGUGAUAGAAGAUAAUUUACGAACUGCAUUCGCUUGUCGGUAGUUGCUUGCGCGAAAUAUUAUUUAUGAGCUGCUGCAUUUUCUUUCGUUUUUAAUCCUCGUUAUUAUGCGUUUACUCGAUAACCUAACGUAAUGAACGAACCGUUAAACGUGAGCUCUUCGUAACGUGUUUCAAUCGUAGUACCUAUAGUUUUACAAUACAGAAGACUGAAAUUCAAUUCACACGAUAGCUUGGGAAGUCACACAAUGCGCAUUUGUUCGAUCUCACGACACCGCUGAAUCGCCGAAUACGCGACGACGAUGAGAUCAAUCGAUGAUCAAAAUCACCGCAUACAACAAUGAACGACAGCGAUUCCACCACCGUAGUGCAACAGACCAUUGCUACGAUAGCUUCGCUAAACGAUAACGAUACCAGUUGGCUGAAUAGAACGGUCGAAGAUAUCCAGCUGCAAUUAUUCACUAUAUUCGGCGUACCGAAAUGCGCCAAUUUCCACUCGUUUAAUCACACGUUUUUCCAACUGGCCAACGUAUUCUUUCUGCUGUCGUGUUUGGCUACGUAUAGCAAAUGCGGUAUAUUGUAUUUAAGAUGCAUGCUGCUCAUCGGCUGUGUUUUCUUCGGUAUUUGGGGAUACGAGAUAUUGUGCACUUUGGACGCGUUACUGUGGAACUUGCUGUUCAUCGUCGCCAACACCGUACACAUCGUCGUGCUUUUAUUCAAACAGUGGCCGGUUCGGUUUAGCAACGAAGUCGAAGAUCUAUACAUCGAGGUGUUCGAACCGUUGAAAGUUAGUCGCAAACAAUUCAAGAAAUUGUUGCAAUGCUUGAAAACCAUCAAGUACCUCAAAUACCAGGAGAUAUAUGCUCAAGAAAAAGUUACCAGAGUUGAAUUCCUUUCGGUUGUGUUGUCUGGAAAAUUAGUCAUCUCGCAGCAAGGACGAGCGUUGCAUAUAGUUUUUCCACAUCAGUUCCUAGACUCACCCGAAUGGUUCGGCGUAUCGACGGAUGAUUUCUUCCAAGUAUCGAUAACGGCGAUGGAAGAAUCAAAAAUUCUGCUGUGGCAUCGCGAUAAAUUAAAGCUUUCUAUUAUCAGCGACAAGUUCCUUCAAACGGUGUUAGAUCACAUAUUAAGCCGGGACGUCGUAAAUAAAUUAAUUCAGGUGAACGAAGCGGUUACAGCAUCGAUGAACGGUCAUCUACCAAAUAAUUACGACGACGAUGCAUCGUUUUGUGAUAAUAAAUCGUUAAUGAUAGUAAAAAGAGCCGGCGAUGGUAGCGGUAUCACUGCUCUGAUUAGCAGACAGUUACAAGGUGACAUCGGCAACGAACUCGCACCGCUAUUGUACAAAGGAGCAAAUUUUCAGCAUAAUGAUCGAAUUUCUAAACUAGCUCUACACACAUAGCUAACAAAGGUAGCGUGGACACAUGCCCAUGAAAAUUUGUCGACUGUAAAUUUGAGUGCCACGAUUGUUAUUCGACUUGCCUAUUCAGUAUUUUCAAAGGAAUCAAGUUUUUAAUGGAAUACAUUGUAUAGAUUGCGUAUUUUUUCCCCGCUGAUGUUUCAAUUUGUUGACCACAAAAAGGAGAAAAAAAUUCGUCUAUUUUUGUUUUAACGUUGGAGUAUUUUACGUUGUUUAAUUUAUUUUCAGUGUGGCUUGAAAUUUUUUUAUUUUAUUCGAGCUUAUUAAUUUUUUUGUAUUUGUUUUUUAAUUUUUUUUUAAAUUUCCUAUUUUUUGAACAUUUUUUACCCGAUUAUGUACCUACAUUGGAACCUUGUUCAUAGUGAAUUGUGAUAAUUUAGAUUCAUUAGUGUAAAAACGUCUAUAAUAUCAAACUGAAACCCUAUCCUGGGCUGUGCCAUGAGAAUCUCGGCCCUUGAAACGAAUAAUGAGAACCCCCCCCCCCUUAUAAUUAUUGGUCAUUUAAAUUAAUGGGAAGGACCCUGAAUUUCUCUAAAAGGGUCAAAGUUUUGCUCCAAAACCUACUAAAUGCCAUCUAAAAUGCGAUUGAAAACUGUGUUUUGCUUCAAAAACUACUAAAUGAAAAUUUUGUUUCAUAACCUACAAAAUGCAUGCUUGUUUUUUUCUUCAAAACCUGCUAACUGCAAUUUUUACAAAAACAGAAUGUAUUUUUAUUACUUUAAAGGAAAAUACGUACAAAAAACAUAAAUUAUAUCGUUUCGAUUAAAAUAAAUCGAAGAGGAAACGUACAUAGAAACUAAAUAAUACCAUUUUGAUUAAAAUAAACCAAAUAAACGAAACAAAACUUAGGAUAGAUCAAUCUUCAUAACUCGUGCAUCAUUAUUCUUCUUCGGACACGGAGGUAAUUAUUGUGAAAAUCACACAUUUCAUUUACAUUAAAAUAAACCAAAUACACAAAACAAAACUUAGAAUAGAUCUUCUUAACAUGUUUAUCUUUACGAUUCUUCGGACAUGGAGGUAAUUGUGAAAAUCUCGCGUAAAAACUCAAAUCAGCAACACCUAACUUCCUACUACUAUAUCAACUGAAGUCUAGACAGCAUUUAUAGUUUGAUGUUCCUUUUUCAGAUCAGCAAUUUCUGGGGAGAGACUGUGUACCAAAUUCAAUAUGUUGUUAUUGGAUUGGUUUUGCUGUUGAGGUUGCACAGUUUUUUCCUAUGUUCCAUUGAUAGUUAUUGUUAGACAUUGAUGUCCAAAUUCCCAUUCAUGAUGCUGGAUACGGAUUUCAGUCACUGUAUUGGACGUUAAAUUCACCGGUUCUUCGAUUUCCAGGCCUUCUAGGAUUUUUACCAACUUCCAAAAAUUGUUAUAGCCUUUGACUUUUGGCCAGCAGCUGAUCUAAUCAAUACUGGAACUUUUGCUUCUUAUGAUCUAGUCCUUUGAUGGACUCGUAACACUAAGCGAUCUUGUAGGUUCAUUUUGGCGUUUUAGCUGUUUUUCUUCUUUAGACUGUGUCGCCUUCUUGACUUUUCAUUUAACUCGAACAGCAGGGCUUUUUUUUUACAUAUGAAUUUUCUCAACUUCAGAAUCACGAAGAAUCUUAUGAUUGUACACUACUUUCUGUUGUGAAUAUGCAGUUCAAAUCCUAUAGUUUCAUAAUGUCGAUCAGGUUUGUUUGUUAAUUAAUAAAUAAAUAAAGACGAGACGGAUGCUAAGAAUUAAAUUAAUUAAAAAAAAAAAAGAAAAUUACACUUAAGUGAGAGUAAGAAAACUUUAAGAAAAAUGAAAACAAAUAUUACGAAAUUCCUUUUUGUCAAACUUAUGAUGGAGAUUCCCUUUUUUUUCCAACAAUGAUUUUGCCAUACAGCAUGGAUAAAUAUUAUUACCGUAAGUACCCUUGGCAUUGUGAUUGGAUUUUCUCCUAAACAAAAGAACAACACUGUGUGAGCCAUUUUACAUGUAUAUAGUGUUCCAAAGAAAAGAUAAAAGUGUGAGAUUGAAGUCUAAUUUUAGUGAUUUGAAUAAAAUGUCGAACGUUAUCUUACCUUCAGCGUCUAGAUUUAUGCGAAAACUGAAUAACGUGAUAUUUGCUGCGAUCCUAAUUCUUCCAUGCCGAAUGACAACAGGAAUGCUGUAAGUUCAUUUGGGUUACCAAUUUUGUUAAUCUCGCGUUCCAUUUUUAACAAACUUUUCUUUUUACACUUUCAACUUUCAAAUUCACUUAUAGGAACAAUUUUUUUCUUCUUUUACUUACUUACUUGAAGUAAUACUUUUUAACAAACUAUUCAACUCAAUGACACAAGGUAUUCUGUCCUACCUACUGCGCCAAAAAUAAUUCUGUUAAGUUCCUCUGAGUCAAAAUAAAUAAAAAUUAGUAACAUUUUAAACAGGGAUGGAAGAGCCUUGAAUUCAGGGCUCCCGCUCUUGGCUCUGGCUCAGCUCCCCGCAAGUUUCAGCUCUGGCUCGCUCUUGGCUCUUGGCACUUUUUCUUUACAUGAGCUCUUUGGCUCCUUGCUCGCUCCUCAAUUCUUUCCGACUCCGCUCUUUGACUCUCGACUCCCUCUUCCAAUUUCUCGGCUCCCACUCCAGCUCUGGCUCUGGCUCUUGGCUCUUUAAAUUAGAGUUCAAAAUUCGUGAAAAACGAUGAAAAAAAUGAAAAUACACUGCAUUUAUUUUCAUUUCAUUUCUCAAUGAGGAAAAAAACUUAGAAAUUCUUCAUUUUCUUCACAAAUGUGAGUUAAAAGUUGAAUUUUUGAUAAAAUUGUGCGCAUUUUUCAACUUUUUUCUCUACUUUUAGGGAGCCAAAGAGCCUGAAAAAUUUUGUGGGCUCCCACUCGGCUCUGGCUCUUUCCAGGUUAAAGACUCCUUAUGAUGAUGGCUCUCUUGAGUAAAAUAAGGAGCUCUUUUGCAAGAGAGCUCGUGAUGUUUUUCUGCACUUUCAUUUAUUUGGCUCUUGGCUCUGGCUCUAGCUCCUCAAAAAAUCCGGCUCUUUCAGACUCUGGCUCCGGCUCGCUCCCGGCUCUUCCAUCCCUGAUUUUAAAUAAAAUUUAAUCAUGCAAUUUUAGACAUAAAAGACAAAUAAAAUUCUAAAAUAAUACAUGCAUAAAUAAUUAAAUCAAUUUACAACAACAUCGGGUUCAUUUUAAUAAAAUAAAUAGUAGCUGAAUGGAAAAAAUUUGAAUUGAAAAAAUCGGCAGUUGGAAUGCUGGCGUAAUUGAAGAUAUCGAAUUUUUGCAGCUAGCUUCUCACAAAAUUGAGAUAAACUUGAAAUAUCAGUUUUCGUGAAUUGAAUAAAAUAUUUUGACUUGAUAAUAUUGAAAUCUUAUUGUUCUUGAAUUUUAAAUAUUUAACAAUGGACAAAAUAGUUAAACUCAGUGAAAAUUGAACUAAAUUUUGAUUUCUAUGUAAAAACUCAAAUUUCUGCAACUUUAAAUAUUAUGCUUUGACAGUAAGAACCUUGAGGAUUUGCAAUUCAACACUGACUGUUUGACUUGACAAAAACAGAGAAAGAACUGGACAAUUUUGUAGUGAAUCUGCAAGUAUUUAUAAUAAAAGGGUCAAAAAAUGGGCAGAAACAUGGGUAAAAAAAAAUGUGGUGCCAGUUUGGCGGAGUAUGAUCUCAUCGAUAUGACAAUUUCACUCAAAGGUGUUCUAAAAACAGAACCUUUUAAACUUUACAUGAAAUUCACAUUUGGGUGGCUGCUGAAUUAUAAUGGAAAAUCGCAAUAAAUUAGCAGCAGGCCACCAAAAGGUGCAAUAAAUGUCAAAAAAGGUGCAAUAAAUGUCAAAAAAGGUGUUUUAAAGGAAACAAACAAGAAGGCUUAAAGUGUCGAAUGCGUCGAGAGUGAGGAAUCAUGAAAUUCGCAUAACAGCGCAGUGGGCUAGUGGGUAUAGGAAAGGGAGAGAAAAAAACACUGUGAAGUAUCGUACAUAACUACCCCUAACAUACUGGCCUAUUGGUACCCAAGUAUUCCUCAACAUGUAUCUUAUGCAAUUGUCUUAGAAAUAAGUGCAAUGUAAUUAAAUAAGAAUAGGAAUCAAUAAAAAUAGUUGUCGAAAUGCAAUAUAAUUGUAUUUAGGUACAUAGCAGGUAUGUAAUGUGAUUUAAUAUAAGUGCAUAUCAAAAUUAAAAGUGCAUAAAAGGAGCUGAAUUGGGGCGAAUAUAACAUAAAACACAAUUUAUAUUAUUUUUCAAUACAUAAACAAACUUUACAUAUUGUACAAUUAAAUGUUGGCCAACUUUUUGAACAAAAAGUGGCACCUUCCAGUUUCUAUUAAAUUGGGAAAAUGAUCAAUCUCGUUGAUGCACACUGAAUUUGAUGGAAGAGGUACUAAGGCAUUUUUAGCAACCAAUUUUGGUUUUAUAGAAUUUUGUAAACUAGUGCUAGUUCAACCAAGUUUCACUUUUCUAGCUCUUACUAAUGAACUGGCAAUUUCAUACCAGAAUUUUUUCAAUCAUAUUCUUCACCUGUUUGCUCAUACUUCUGCUAUAUUAUAGUAACCAUCUGCUUAGAGAAGUUUGCUUUGGCCUUCUCAAAGCAUUUGUUUUUGCAAAUCUUUUUGAUGUAAGAUUCAGCUGACGUAUAAUCAAAAGAUCAAAGAUAAUUCAUCAAUUGAUAUGUUUUGAAGCCGGCGCAUAAAUCGACUUUUGCUUCAGACGGCGUAAUGCCCACUUCUUUCACAAAACGUAACUUUUCAUAAACAUACUAGAAUGGCGCUUCAUUUGGGUUCUGUUUGUAAAUGUCUUGAGAAACAGCUCUUCGAAUUUUUCCCAUGUUGAAAAUUUGUCUUGAUGAAAGAGCAGCCAGCUCUUGGCAGCACUUUAGAGCUUACUUCAUGCAGUAUCAGAGUUUGAUUUUGGCGGGCCACUGGUUAGUUCUCAUUCUCAACUUCGUUUUGAAGCUGGACAACCAUUCCUUGGCCUCUGGGACAGAAACGUUGCCAUGAAAAUUCGGUACAUUGGUAGUCUGAUAGCCGCUGCCAGCAAUUUUUAACACAACUGUUAGGGUGAUAUGAGUAAAAACGCAAAAUUUCAUAAUCGCGCAAUAAAAUUGCAUUAUGAAAAAUUACACUGUAUAACAUCUGACUCCAUACUAAACUAUAAAAACGAAUAUGUCUCGUAAGAAAUUACCACUACUACUACACAAAAUAUAGAUUCUACUGUGUACUAAUACUAACUAUGUAUAACUCCUCAUACAAGGUUAGGAACUAUGUUUUCCGAAUAUAGCUGAUUGAUGCUGCCAAGAUGCACCUAGAGAUGCUGGCGAGCAACAUACUGCUUAGAUAGGGAAGGUGGAAGGGUGAGACGAGGUACUGGAACACUGGAACACCCUUGGUGGGAGACUUCUAACGUGGAUGUGUGAGAAAAGGCAGGAACGUGAUUUGUAACCAGUACCUACCCCUAUAUCAUCCGCGAGGUACUAAGAUAGAAACGGCUGAAGCCAGUUUCUGUACUGGGGCGCGAGAGCAUGGAGAAACGGUUGGUACCUCAUUUCUAACUGGCAGGAGAACAAACUGGAACUAUCUUAACAGAAACUUCAAAAUUCUCGUUGUCAUUUUGAGAAUUUUGCUUUCUUGUGUUUCCCAUGAUUGAUGGAAAACACUCACAAUUGGUUUAUAGUGAGAAUGGACAUUAAAAAUGGUAAAAACGGACUUUUUUGGUAGGCAUUAUUGACACAAAUAUGCAAAAUUUGUGAAAAAAUUGCAAAGUACCAUUGAUGCGACUUCAUUCCAGUUCUGUAUAAUGAAACGAACAUAUCUGUGAGGUCCAUAUCUCCCAUAUUUUGGUUAUAUACUUUCACAAUUUUGGGCAUUGUGCACUAAUUUCUUCCAUUAUUGAGGUGGCUUAAUAAUGCAUGUAGUGCAUUGAUUCAUUAGUUUUGAUGCAUCACCCCAGACCUAAUAAUUAUGGGGUUUCAGUUUGAAUAUUCAUCGAUGUUAAUAAAACAACACUUGAUAUUAAAUUUUAUUCUUUAAUCAUUAUUUUCAGUGAAUGAUAUAAACGCUUGGCGAUUGGGUAAAAUAGACGAAGUUGAUUUUGAAACGUCCGUUUGAAAAAAUAAAGGAUCUCGUUAUAUGAAUUAUUUUCUACAGAAGAGUUGUGUAGGUUUUUGUUUUGUUCUUUUGUUUUUCCUCAACGUACAAAAAUAUUUUGUUUUUGGUAUAAGUUUUAUAAUACUUACUAAUUAAUAAUCUUCCUAAAAUUUAAGCAUUAAUUUUUGUAACUCGUGUAAACCAUGUUGUAUUUUUUUUCUCGGUAGUUGAUAAAACUAACUUGUGUUUGUUUUGUGUGUAUGUAAUUUGAUACAAAAAAUUUAUUUUUUCAAUUGUACACAAUUACCUUGAAAAAGAAAAAGAUUUUAUAAUAGAUUAAGUCCGAGGACAAAGUUUCCUUCGAAUGAAAGUAUUGUUUUGUAUUGCGUAUACUUUUAUACUUAGUUUUUAAUAUGUUUCUCAAGUUUAUUUCUAUUUUGUGCCACAAGUUCUGAGAACAUUGUAAGCUACCACAGAGUGAAAGGAUAACGUGAGGGUUGUUUUUUUUCUUCGUUUUGUUCUUAGUCUUACUAUUCUAAUCAUUAAAUGUAAGGUGUUUUUUUUAAUAUUCUUUGAGUUUUGAGUAGUUGAAUUUUCUAAUUGUAUAAUGAUAGACCUGGUUUGCCUUCCUUUUGUAGUUGCGUCAUCUCUGGUUUCGUUGCAUUUAUGUAGUAUGGGGAUUGUAAUUUUGUAGUUACUCGCACAGAUCCGUAUAUUUUUGAAAUUUUUUUAUACUAAAGGGGACCAUUGUGUUAUUUAACGCGCAGCUAUUGGGAGGGUUUUUAUAUCGCCUUCGUGGUCUUUUUUUUCUAGUCCUUAUUUUUUCAAUCCCACUAUUUAUAGGGAGCUUCUCAAAAUAGUAUCUGAAUGAUUUUCGUUUUGUUUUAGGAGUGUUUUAAGUAGUGUAUUUUUCUUUUUUUUUAUAUUCAAAGUAUUAACAUCACUGUAAUGUCAACCUCUGUGGUAUUAAUAAAUCAUUAUUAAAUGUGAUAUUUUCAGAUUAUAACUAUACUGUAUUAUUAGUUUUGUUUUUCUGUUGUUGUUUUAAUUUUUUUUUUUUGUAAUUGUAUUAAGGAAGUGAACGUACGCUACGUAUUUUAAUGGAAAUUGAAUUUGUAAUGAAAGUGUACCUAUGGAUAAUUUUAUAAAGAAUAUCAAUGAGUAAAAUAAAGAUUGAUGAAACUGAA